UCCAAACACAGCUCUAUAUAAACCCAUUCAACUUCCCCAACUGUCCAUAAGUCCUUCACUUCCCAAACAAAACUCAAAAACUAAAUCAGAGAGCAGAACUAAAUUCCCAUUCUUCAUUCCUACAAUCCUAUUCCUAAUUAGUUUUGUUGAAGAUGGUGUCCUAUGAGUAUAUUCUGGGUGGGUUCUUAGCUUCUUUGCUUGCCUUUGUUUUCUUCAUGAUCAUCAGUACUACUCUUGGUGGAAACAAAAAGUUCAAAGCUUUAAGUGGAGGAGCGAAGAGUAAUGGGUUUCAGCCGGAAAUGGAGGAGGACAAAAGUACCGACGUCGUCAUUGUCGGCGCCGGAGUUGCCGGUGCAGCUCUAGCUUACACUCUUGCCAAGGAAGGACGCCGUGUGCAUGUCAUCGAAAGAGACUUAACUGAGCCAGACAGAAUUGUUGGUGAGCUGUUGCAGCCUGGGGGUUAUCUCAAGUUGAUUGAGUUGGGUCUUGAGGACUGUGCAAAUGAGUCCAUUGAUGCUCAGAAGGUGUUUGGUUAUGCUCUUUACAAAGAUGGGAAGGAUACAAAACUGUCUUACCCCUUGGAAAAGUACAGUGCAGAUGUCGCCGGGAGAAGUUUCCACAAUGGUCGUUUCAUUCAAAGAAUGCGAGAAAAAGCUGCAACUCUUGCAAAUGUAAAAUUGGAACAAGGAUCAGUGACAACACUAAUUGAGGAGAAGGGCAUUGUCAAAGGCGUGAUUUACAAGAACAAGGCUGGAGAGGAGCUGAGAGCAUAUGCUCCACUAACAAUCGUGUGUGAUGGAUGCUUUUCAAAUCUGCGCAAAUCUCUCAGUGCUCCAAAGGUUGAAAAUCCCUCUUGUUUUGUUGGUUUGAUUUUGGAGAACUGUGACCUUCCACAUGCAAAUCAUGGACAUGUGAUUUUGGGAGACCCUUCACCCAUCCUGUUUUAUCCCAUCAGUAACACCGAGGUUCGUUGUUUGGUAGAUGUACCUGGAACAAAAGUGCCUUCAGUAACUAAUGGUGAAAUGGCCAAGUAUUUGAAAUCUGUGGUGGCUCCUCAGAUUCCCCCACAGCUGCACAAUGCUUUUAUGGCAGCAGUAGAGAAAGGAAACAUCAGAACAAUGCAAAACAAAAGCAUGGCCGCUAAUCCUGUUCCCACUCCUGGUGCAAUUUUAUUGGGGGAUGCAUUCAACAUGAGGCAUCCAUUAACAGGAGGAGGAAUGACUGUGGCUCUUUCAGACAUUGUUCUUCUCCGUAAUCUUCUUAGACCCCUACGUGAUCUCAGUGACGCAACUGCUUUGUGCAAUUACCUUGAAGCAUUCUACACACUUCGUAAGCCUGUGUCAUCUACCAUAAACACAUUGGCAGGUGCUUUAUACAAGGUGUUUUGUGCAUCACCUGAUCCAGCAAAACAGGAAAUGCGUGAAGCAUGUUUUGACUAUCUGAGCCUUGGAGGUAUCUGUUCAUAUGGACCACUAUCUCUGCUCUCUGGUCUUAACCCUCGUCCACUGCACUUAUUUCUCCAUUUCUUUGCCGUUGCCAUCUAUGGCGUCGGACGCUUAAUGCUCCCCUUCCCUUCACCUCAGCGCAUGUGGCUUGGGGCUAGAUUGAUCUUGAGUGCAUCAAGCAUCAUAUUCCCGAUUAUUAAGGGGGAAGGCAUUAGACAGAUGUUCUUUCCUGUAACAGUGCCAGCAUUUUACAGAUCUCCUCCUCUUCACUGAAGAAAUGGAAACAAUCAUUUUUGGAGAAAAACAUUGCACCCAGAAAGAGACCCAAUUUGUAUCAAAUGAGCAGAACAAAUUCCCCUUAGAAAGUAAAGAUGAGGGUCAGUGCUAAAAUUAGGAAAGAACCAAUUAUGUUCUUAAUUCUUUUAGGAUUUGUUAUUCUGCCACGGAAAGAAGUCAGAACCCAUGACCUUAAACUUGUAUACAGCUAUAGGCUAUAGCACUGGUAAACAAUCCACAUGAUUUUUCAGUCAAUGAAUUGGUCUUUUUCAUGUGAAA